GAGCAAAGCUCCGAAUCGCCAACCCUCGCAUUCCUCGGAUGCGACACCAUGGGCGUCACCAUUCUCUCCGGAAUCCUCUCCAGCCUCAAUAGCCUCGGCCUCCCCAGUGCUCCCGGUACCAGCACACUGACCGCUACCCUCCUUCCAACACGCUUCCACGACGCUAGCAAAACCUCCACCGCUUGCCCUCGAGGCUCACGGCAUGUGUCAAUCCCCCCGUGUCCGCUUCCCGCGUGCGCCGCGCAUUCGAGGAGUCCACCGGCAUGCCCAUUGAGGUCUAAAUGUGUAGCAACGUCACGGGCGUGCGGCGCGCGGAGGUGGUCAUUCUGGGCUGCAAGCCGCAGAUGUACGCCGAGAUAUUGGGCGAGGAGGGCACGCUCAAGGCAUCGGAGGGUUAGCUGCUCGUUAGUAUUCCUGCUGGGGCUAAGAUUGCUGCGCUCAAGGAGGUGGUACGCGGUAGUAUUAGGGUGGAUAGGACCAUACCAAAUAUUGCUUCAAGGGUACGAUUGUCACUUACCACCCUCUGGAGCGGGGUUCUUUUUUGUUGGGAAGGGGCAGGGUAUUAAUGUGGAUAUAUUUGCGAAAGCAUGACCGUGAUUUCGGCGGCCGACGAUAUCCCCCCGAGGCAGAAGACUCUGGUUUCCUGGAUAUUCUAGCAGGUUGGCCCCUCAUUGGUGCUCGGUGAGGAUCAUAUGGACUCUUGCACCGUUCUGUGCGGAUCCGGUCCUGCUCUCUACGCCCCUAUAGUCGAGGCCAUGGCUGAUGGAGGGGUCAUGAUGGAAUUGCCGAGGUUGGGGGCGCAGAUGAUGGCUGCUCAGCGUAAGAUAUUGCGGUCCUGUUUCCCCGUUUAUUCACCAGGUUAUUUGUUGAUGUGGUUGGGUGUGUGGGGGUUUAUUGUAGCCAUACAAGGUGACGGUAGAAUGGUUUUGGCUGACCAGCAUCCGACAAUCAUCCGAGAGCAGGUUUCCGCUCCACUUAGCCGCACCAUCCAUGUCUCACCCAUCUUGGAAGACGGAAAGGUCCGCUCGACCAUUGCGAGGACAAUCCAGGAGACUACCAAUAUGUCUCUAGGA